AUGGGUAAUGUUGAUGUUGAUCAAGAUGACGUUGAUGCUGUUGAUGACAACAACAAUGAUGAUGAUGAUGACAAUCAUGAAGCUAAUGAUGAUGUUGAUGAUGAUCGAAGCAUGCAGAAUAAUGAAGAAACUGAAAACGACUUCAUGCCCAAAGCAAUGCAAGGAAAGAGUCAGAAGUAUAAACGAAGUAAAUUUAAGCGGACUUCAAAGAAAAUAAAAUUGAAGACACAUCGCCAUGAUAACAAAGCUGCAUUACGUAUUGAAGCUCAAUGGAGCAUACCCCGUUUACAGCAAGAAAUAUAUGACAGUAUAAGAAAUGUCACAAACCUGCCUACAAAUACAAACUCUAGAGACCAAAUGCCAAUCCAGCCUGUACUGCAACUUCGACUUAGACUUCUACUGAAACUUGGACUUGCACUUCAUCCCAAAUGCUUCAACCCUUAUGAGGCAACGAAAGUUCAUCCCUCUUAUUGUUAUGAAGUAUGGAAGAUAUGCCUAUAA